AUGGCAACUCAGCGUUGUUCCUCAUCCCAGCAUUCCGUCGUGUCUCCCAAUGGUGUCCUCAUCGCAACACUCCAACAGUCCCGCCUGAUUAUAUCCUCUUCACGCAACCGCGAGGUCAUUCGCAAAUUUCCUCUGCCUCAGGACUUCGUCUCAAGGUGCCGUUUCCUUCGGUGGUGCGGAACCAAUAAUCUUGCCAAAGAUGCAACGAAAGAGCAAGGAAAUGGGCACUGUGAACAAACAGGGCAGAUAUUACUUGCAGACGACGAUGCGGUCCGGAUAUACAAUGUCAACGAUCCAGCAUGGCUUGCAGUGAUCGAUAAAGCUGCUAGCAAUUUGGGGAGAAUCGCAGAGGUGAUUUUCGGACACACAAAGGAUGAAAUCGUGGUCGUCUCGGACUUUGGUGUCAAGCUUACAAUAUGGUCUCUUCUCACGAGCCGUGGCGUCGAGAUCAGGCAUCCAAAAUGCUUGGUGAAGUGCUUCCAUCACAGGCCGAGGACGGGACAUCUAGCAAUAUUGACGAGGCCUGCUGCGCAGGAUGUUCUAAUGCUGCUUCAGCCUAAGAGUCACGAUUUGGUAAAAAGUGUGGAAAUGCCUACAAUCGAUGCUCAGGAGGUGGCUUGGAGCCCUGAUGGGAGUUGGCUUGCUACCAGAGAUACAGCAAGUACUGGCUAUAAGGUGCUGAUCUACACUGCGGACGGACACUUAUACAAGACUAUUUCGAAUAGUUUGAAUGGUGUGGACAUAAGCUUAGGAGUCAAAUGCAUGCAGUGGAGUCCAUCCGCUGGAACUUUGGCAAUUGGUGAUAAUAACGAUAGUAUCACUAUCUUCAGCAAGAACAAUUUCUCGCCUAUAGCAAAUCUCCACCACCCGGCAACGAUAACAUUGCCCAAAGCUGGCGUCUGGGAAGAACAGGUGAAUGCGCUCAAAGAGAGGAGCUAUGUCGCCGCACCGCAGCCCGCAAGUCCGCCAACUUCAUUAUCCUUGGGCAAAUCGAACAAUCCGUCGUACGGGAUCUCUGUGAUAGCAUUCAACAGCGAUGGAUCUUUGGUGGCGUCAAGAAAUGACGUCGUACCAACCACAGUGUGGAUAUGGUCGUUGAGUACUGGUACAGCGAUUGAUGUCCUGAUCCAUCACUCGCCCGUCAAACAGAUCAUAUGGCACCCUUCACAGUCUGACCUCCUCCUAAUCCAUUGUGCGAUUCCUGAACCUGCAAUUCACUUAUGGAAGACCACCUGGCAUGCACCACGAAUCCUGAUGCUACCUCUCCUACGGAUAGGCGGCAGGCUUGAAGCAAGCUGGCUGAAAAGCUUAACUGACGAAUCCUUCAAUCUAAUGAUCAGCUCUGCCCAUCAAUACACUACAGUCCGCAUAUCGCCCGAUGGUGAGGUGAUUGCAGAGUCCAUCCCUCUGGAUGCAGCAGCACUUUCAAUCGACACUGGUGCAGAGGAUAUGUUUGACGAAGGAAACUCACUCGAUCUAUCGCCUAUCAAGAUUUCGCACUCGACAGUCGAAGUGUCAGGCUAUGGAGAUGACCAUUUUGGGUCCGGCUUUGGUUUCACGGAGGAGAUGCUGGACGAUACGUUUCACUACCGCAGGCAUGUCAAAGCAGUGAAUUGA